GCAAAGAGAGAGAGAGAGAGAGAGAGAGAGAGAGUGUGAUAUACAGACAGACUGACAGCUGGAGGAGAUUGAAAGAGAGAUAGGGAGAGCCAGGGAGUGAAGAAAACGGAGAAAGUGAGACCAGAUAUUCUGCAUAAACAGGCAGUAGCUUCCUGCAUGCUGUUCAUUCCUGUAUUUCAUGGUGAAGAGAGAGAGGGAUCAGAUCUCUGCAGCCCGGAGGUUCUGCACUGACAGCUUCAAUUUACCAGCUGAUUCCAGCCCGGCUGUCUGUAUCUAGACUGGGCGUUCUGAGGGGACACUGGAAAUAAAAAAGCCAUCUAGAUCUUCCAGUGCUGAAGACCUAAACCUUCAGUGUUGAGCACGGAUUGGAACAAGACUCUUGUGGUGGUUCCCUGAAGAGAUGUGGCUCUCCCCUGAGUGUCUUACCAAGAUGUCCCAGCUUUCCUUCAGAAUGGGGGGGCUCCCUGUUUGCUGUGCCCUGGGCUUCUCUGCACAGUGAGAGGCUCCUCAGCACCACAGGACACGAGAGGAGGGGGGCAGCAAGGAAGAGGAAAGUAAAGUGAACAGUAGAAAAAGCAAUCAUAGGUAAAGGGAUUUUCUAAAACCCAACAAGGUAAUAAAAGGAAAUGUUAAGAAGUUUGUUAAAGGGACUAAAAUAAAAGUGGAAAAGUAAAUAAGAACAGGGAGGGAGAGAGUAGGAACGUGAGAACAAAGAGGAAGAGCAGAACAAAACGAGUGAAACUAGUGACCCAUAUAGAAGAGGCGUAGUAGGCAUAGAGCGGAGACAGGGAGAUGCCCCGAGGUUCAGAGAUGCGCCGGGCCAUGCUGCCCCUGCUCUGCAUGCUGCUAGUGUGGGGAGGCAGCGCGGAGAGGGGAGUGAGGGGCAACCCAGACUGGCACACACAGAGGACAGAGGAGAGUGGCAGGGAGUCCACUGCCCAACCCAGCCUCAACAACCCGGAUACUGCCCCCCCAGAGUCUCACUUCGUGGACCCCAAGAUCACCUGGCUGUUUUUCAAGAAUAAUUCCAACAAAGGGGUGAAUGGGAGGAAGGGGAAUCGACACAGAGGGCAGAACCAGCAGCAUGGGCAGCCUGGCCCCCCAGGGCCUCCAGGGCCACCAGGCCCCCCCGGCCUGCCCGGCCCAGCUCUCCCUCCAGAGGAGCUGCUGGAGGAGUUUAGAACCCUGCUGAAAGAGGCGGCAACUCACUGGGGAGACCUGGAGCCAAGUGUGCGGUGCCCGCUGUGCGGCGGCCAAGGAGACGAGCCUUUGGGGGGCACUGACAAGCAGCCUGCCCUGGCAAGCCCAUAUCACCACGUACAGACCGCCUUCCACUGCCAACUCAAGGGCAACAGCAUGGUGCGCAGACGCAGUUUGCUGGAGCUCAGCGACUUCACCUUUCAGCCAGCAGGGGGCGAUAGCUUGAUCCAGCGGGGGCAAGGCUUCAAUAUCAGCAGUGGCCGCUACACAGCGCCAGUCUCUGGCUUCUACCAGCUCACCGCUAGUCUGCUUAUUGAGCACAGAGAGUGUCACAAGAAGCUGCAGCCCAGACCGGGAGACUGCAUCCGGGUCUCCAUCUGUAUCCAGUCCCUCUGCCAGCGCAACAUGUCCUUAGAGACGAUAGCUGGAGGGGGGUCUGCUGGGAGUCUCUUCACAGUCUUGGCCACAGGCACCUUGUAUCUGCAGGUCGGUCAGUAUAUCUCUGUCUUUGUGGACAAUGGCACCGGCUCCGCCCUCUUUAUACAGAAGGGGUCAAACUUCUCAGGGAUUCUAUUGGGUGUGUGACUCCUGGGGACCACACCUACUUCUUUCACCAGCGAAUCUGACUUUCUGCAGAAACGUGCCAAGGAAUGUAAAAAUGAUCUUUCUCUCAAAGAGGAAAAAAGACGAGUCCACCAAACCAGACAAGAGACCCCAGAGUUCACAGACAGGAACUGAGAAUGUGUCUUGGUUGUUGACCGGAUGGCAGACUCCAGUUUAAAAGCCAAGGAAGCAUUUUUGUAUUUCAGUACAGUAACUGCAGCAUUGCGGCCGCCUUGGCAGUGAGAUGGCUAUUGAAAACCCAGGACUGUCUUUUCACUGGCAGCGUUUUCAUACCACAGCUCCCUGGAGCUGGAGACUCUUGUUUAAGUUAUGUUUGUAAAUAUCUUCAAAGUAUCAUAAAUUCUAAGGUAAAAACUAAAAGGGCUUGAUUUAUUCAAGGGGAUACGCCACAGAUGGAUUUCAUUUGUGCAUUUUACAGCACCUGUGUCUUGGAUUUUCAGGGGUACUCCUUGGAUACCCCAAGUUAUGUAAAAUGCUCCAAUACAAUACAAUACAGCUGUGGCUUUUCCUGUCAAGGUAUCUGUUGAAUUAGUUCAACCCCAAACUAAAGUAGACAUGCAUUCUGGCUAGUGCCGUCUUGUUUAAUAAAGGCGCUAAAACAUUGGUCUUAUUUGCCUUACAUUUGUAAAUAGACAAUUACUUUGAAAACUAAUAUUCAAAGAUGUGUACUUUUUCAAGUUCAGCGAUGAUGUGAUAUAACUGAAAAAUACUAGUUUCAAAUUCAAUGCUUAAAGAUAUUUUUACUACCCCUUUGGUUCAUCUAGCCUGUUAAACAUGUCUAUCACGAACUACAUAAAAAAUGUUAAAAAACUCGGUAUUCCACUAUGAACCAUAAAAAGGACUAUAAUACAAUUUAAGUAUUCACCUAAAAACUAUAUUUAUUGCUUCUGAUCUGAAUAAAUAUUGGCAUUAUAUUGUGCUUGGUUUGUGUAGAUAUGUUAAAUGUGUGUCUUUUGAAUUCUGUGUACUAUGUGCCCUGUCAGUAAACAAUUUAAGCACAAUACACUCCAUUCUCAGCUCUCCAGCACUGUCAUUACCCUGCACCUUAAUAAAGGACACUAGCCUAACAUGCCAGUCUC